GGAAGGAGGGAGGGGGGAGGGGUGCGUUUGUAGAGAAAGGUGAGAGGGAAGACUUGCAGCCUCUCCCCUGUCAGGCCUUCAGGAAGGUAACGCCGCUCAAGGCUUCAGGUUUUUUAUUUUUUGUUUUGGGGAGAAUGUCGCCACGACAAUGUUGACCAAGAUGCUCUGAAGAAGGCGUAACUAUGGAGCGAGAGGAGAACGAAGUCGAUGCGUCGCCUUCCUGGUCCCCCGUGGGGAGAGAACGGCUCUUCACCUGUGCGAAUCUCUCUGACUACGCUGGGAAGAAACGAAAGCAGGAUACCAGCAGUGAGACAGAGGCAGCGGCCAGAGGCCCAGAUCACCAGGAUGAAGAUGAUGACACCAUUGGCAGCCUUGAGGCAAGCAAAGAUCUGGAGGAGCCCAGUAACAAAAGGGUGAAGCCAGUGGCGAAGGGGGCGGGGCUUUCUGUCAAAACCCCUGCCCUUAAGCGCCUGGGACAGUCCAUCCAGCGCUCCAUCAGUUUCCGCACAGAGGUGCAGCCCCUCCCCAUGGCCCCCAUAAGAACACGGCAGAAGGCCAGUUCAUACCCACGGCGACGCAACAGCCAGCUGUGGAGCGACACGGUAGACACUGGGAGCCAGGAGCUCAGCACCAAGGAAAUCAAACGUCAGGAGGUGAUCUACGAGCUCACGCAGGGAGAGAAGCAGCUCAUCGAGGACCUGGACUUGGUCAGAAAGGUGUACUACGAGCCCAUGCUGAAACUAGAAAUCAUGACGGUAAAUGAGCUGGGGCAGAUUUUCGGGACCCUGGACUCCUUAAUCCCCGUACACAAGGACUUUCUGUCCCGGCUGGAGAGCCUGAGGGGAGCAGAGAAGACUGUGGAGGAGGUGGGGCCCACACUGCUGGAGUGGUUCCCUCGGCUGGAGGCGUACAUCACGUACUGCUGUAACCAGGUGGAAGCGAAGGCGCUGCUGGACCAGAAGAAGCAGGAGCGGCCGGUGGAGCACUUCCUGCGGCUGUGCCAGGAGUCCUCCUUUAGCCGGAAGCUUGACCUGUGGAACUUCCUGGACCUGCCCCGCAGCCGGCUGGUAAAAUACCCCCUCCUGCUGAGGGAGAUUGAGAAGAGCACCCCACCAGAGCAUCCCGACAAGGACACCUUGCCACAGGCUAUGGAACUGAUCCAGGCGAUCAUCUCCGAGGUGAACAGCAAGACGGGGGAGGCGGAGUGCCAGUUCUACAGGCGGGGGCUGUGCUACCCAGAGGAGGGGCAGAGACUCCCCGAGAUCUUGAACUCCCGUUUUCUUUACUGCCACGGGGAACUCAAGAACAGCAAGGGCCAGAAGCUGCAUGUGUUCCUGUUUGAGUUUGCUCUGGUUCUGACCCGACCAGUCACCCAGGACAGGGAGGGCGGGGUGCAGUUCCAGGUGUAUCGCCAGCCCCUCCCCACCGCCCACCUGCUGCUGGAGGACCUGCCGGAUGGGGAGGGGGGAGGGGGUGGAUCCUUCCGGGGGGCGUUCACCUCCACUACUGACAAAGCUAAGAACUGCUUCAGGGUGAGUAUCCAGGGCCGAUCCAAGGCUCAGUCCCACAGCCUGCAGGCCAACGACUCCUUCAACAAGCAGCAGUGGAUCAGCUGCCUCCGCCAGGCCAUCGUCCAAUCACGUGACCGGGGGUCUCACACCAGCCAAUCCUGGCCGCCCUCCCAGACCUCGCCUGACCCCCCCCUCAGUCACAUAGCCGAGCUGAGUCUGAGCUCCGAUACAGAGAUGAUGGACACAUAGUUUUACAAAGCACAUUCCGAGGUUAGGUUUUCAAAAAAAGACUUGAAAAAAGAAAACUUGUCAAUUUUUUUAAACGGCUGCCUUCCCCUUUCAUGAUGCUUUUGUCUGUUCCUGUUUACCUCCCCGGACCUAAGCAAAAGUCAUUAUGCACCACUCAGAUUACUCUCAGAGCUGUGGGAACCUGUCAAGUAAUACAUCAAUACAUCAAUUUCAGUUUUGUCUUUCUUUUCAAGGACUCAACCUCCCAUUCUCCUAAAAAGGAAAAAUGGACUCUAAAAAAGGGACUUCUAUGAGAAUCUCGAUAAGAAUGUGUGAACCAAUUAAUUCAUAAAUAUUCCAACAUGUAUUUCUUUUAUUUUGUGUAAAUUAAAGAAGUUAACUUUCA